AUGAAUGCCUUUCCUAUGAAUGGCUCGGCGCAGUCGUCUCCCCUCACGUCCAGCCAGCCCACUUCCGCCCCGAAGAAAGGUAGAACACGGCAGUCUGGCACGGCAUGGACUCGGUCAGGAUGCAUAACCUGUAAAAGAAGGCGCAAGGCCUGUGAUAAGACCAAACCAAGUUGCAACAAUUGUCUCAAGCAAGGCCGGACAUGCGAGGGCUAUGGCUCCAUAUGGGUAGAGCCGCUAAGUCCAUCGGCGCAGGUAUUCUCCCAGACAGGAACUUCAAAGCGCCGACGGCUCAGUGAAUCCUCGUCAUCUCAAUUCCUUUCGUCUGCACCGUCCCCGUCCUCGGAUGCAUGGCUCGAGACUCGUUCGUCUCGGGGGUCGGGAACUUCCCCGAGCUGGUCUGUUGCAUCUUCUCCUCGACAAUAUGUACCGUUUGACGCAGCUACCAGUCCGGUUCGAGUUGCAGAGGAGUAUAUUCUUAGCCCUGAUAUUGAUUUGCAUAGCUCUGUCGCAGUGAUCCCACAGCCUCAAGGAUAUAUCAGUCAUCUCUCAACACAUGAGACUCACUAUCUCCAAUAUCACAUGGAGGAGGGUUCUCGACUGCUAGCGAACUUAGAGAGCCAUGAUAAUCCCCUUCGGUCGAUGUUGAUUCCUAGGGCAAUGUCAUCGCCUCUGCUGAUGAAGGCCGUAUGUGCCGUCUCUGCCCUUCAUCUAGCAAAUCGCUCCCAUGGUUUUGGGGCACAUACGGCUGCAGUCAAAUACUACAGUGGAACACUCAACGGACUCCGCUCAGCGCUCGACAAUUGUUCAACGGAGGUGUUCCCUGACGAUGCCAUGCUGGCAGUCGGUCUACUAUGCAAAUAUGAGAUCGUGCGUGGUAGCGUAAAGCAGUGGGUUGUUCAUCUCAAUGCAUUGCAACGUCUGAUUGUUUCUCGUGGUGGAUUUGCGUCAAUGGAUCGAGAGGCAGCCGAGUUCCUGCGUGGACUAUUCGUGUAUGCCCAUAAUAUGGCCCGGAUCAGCAACCGAAACUGUAUCACUUCCACAGAUAUUUCUGUCGACAGUGACAUCGGUAUCCCAAAAUUGGAUAUAUAUAUCGGAUACACCGAGGAGCUCCUGAAAUUAUGUGCACGCACCGCAGAACUGCCUUCCCUCCAAGCUGAUUCGUUGGCUCUUCGACUCAGCGUUGCAUCCAUAAACGAAUCCCUCCUCACCUGGUCUCAUAAUUCAACCCCCAACAUAAUUCCCCAGGGGACACCGCCAGCAACCCUAACUCGGCUUCAACUCGUAGCUGAAUGUUUCCGCGAUGCAGGUUUUGUCUACCUCCACUCAAUCAUGGAGCGCAUUAGCAGAACCCAUCCGCAUACCUCUUCCACUGCCAGUCCUGGUAUUAUUGUCAACACCCAACUCGAGGAGAACCCCUCUCUCCCAGCACAAGACUGGCUUCCUCUCAUCUCCACGCCUAAAAAUGUCGCCGUCUGCCGCUGUCUUGGCCGGGUUGAAACUUUCCCGCUGGGUGACCACUGUGAGUACUCGGCACUCACGUUCCCGCUCUUUAUCUCCGGGUGUGAGAGUGAUGACGUAGCGGACAGAGAGGUUGUGCUUCGUUCCUUGGGCAAGCUACAGGAUAACUUUGGGAUUGGGAAUGUUAGACGUGCAAAGGAGUUAUUGAGGAUAUUGUGGGCGAGACAGGAUGCUAGCUUUGAUGCUCGGUUUAUUGGGAUGAGUCGGCAGAAGAAUGUGCAUUGGUUAGAUAUUGUCGAGGAGCUGGGGUGGGAAUUGAUCCUUGCAUAG